CCCGUCCCUCGGCCCCCUCCUCCUAAAGACCUGUCCCUUCCUGGGGAACCCCGACCGAAUUGGAAAGUGGUUCCACUUUGUAACUCCUCAAGUUGGUUGCAAAGCAGUAUUCACCUUCCUUCCUCCCCAUCCCUCCUCCUCGGCUACUCUCCACCCCACCUCCUGCCUUCCCAGCUCUCGGUCCCCUCCUCCUUCCCCUCCCCCGCCUCCUCCCCGUGCGCUGCCGGCACCCCACAAAAAAUGGGGAUGGGGGUGUCUAGGGGAGAGGGAAAGAAAUGCUUUGGGUCCCUCUCUCUCUCUCUCUCUCUCUCUCUCUCUCUCUCUCUCUCUCUGUCCCUCCCUCCCUCUUUGAGACCUAAAAAUCCUGACAAGUGAAACUUAAAGGUGUUUACCUUGUCAUCAGCAUGUAAGCUAAUUAUCUCGGGCAAGAUGUAGGCUUCUAUUGUCUUGUUGCUUUAGCGCUUAUGCCCCGCCUCUGGUGGCUGCCUAAAACCUGGCGCCGGGCUAAAACAAACGCGAGGCAGCCCCCGAGCCUCCACUCAAGCCAAUUAAGGCGGACUCGGUCCACUCCGUUACGUGUACAUCCAACAAGAUCGGCGUUAAGCCGCCGCCGAAUCAUGUCGAUGAGUCCAAAGCACACGACUCCGUUCUCAGUGUCUGACAUCUUGAGUCCCCUGGAGGAAAGCUACAAGAAAGUGGGCAUGGAGGGCGGCGGCCUCGGGGCUCCGCUAGCGGCGUACAGGCAGGGCCAGGCGGCACCGCCGGCCGCGGCUAUGCAGCAGCACGCCGUGGGGCACCACGGCGCCGUCACCGCCGCCUACCACAUGACGGCGGCGGGGGUGCCCCAGCUCUCGCACUCCGCUGUGGGGGGCUACUGCAACGGCAACCUGGGCAACAUGAGCGAGCUGCCGCCCUACCAGGACACCAUGCGAAACAGCGCUUCCGGCCCCGGAUGGUACGGCGCCAACCCAGACCCGCGCUUCCCCGCCAUCUCUCGCUUCAUGGGCCCGGCGAGCGGCAUGAACAUGAGCGGCAUGGGCGGCCUGGGCUCGCUGGGGGACGUGAGCAAGAAUAUGGCCCCGCUGCCCAGCGCGCCGCGGCGGAAGCGCCGGGUGCUCUUCUCCCAGGCUCAGGUGUACGAGCUGGAGCGACGCUUCAAACAACAGAAAUACCUGUCGGCGCCGGAGCGCGAGCACCUGGCCAGCAUGAUCCACCUGACACCCACGCAGGUCAAGAUCUGGUUCCAGAAUCACCGCUACAAAAUGAAGCGCCAAGCCAAGGACAAAGCAGCACAACAGCAGUUGCAGCAGGACAGCGGCGGCGGCGGCGGCGGGGGUGGCGGCGGGGGCGCCGGUUGCCCACAACAGCAGCAGGCUCAGCAGCAGUCGCCGCGCCGUGUGGCAGUGCCGGUCCUGGUGAAAGACGGCAAACCCUGCCAGGCUGGCGCCCAGGCGCCGGGCGCCGCCAGUCUACAAGGCCACGCACAACAGCAGGCGCAGCAGCAGGCUCAGGCCGCCCAGGCGGCAGCAGCAGCUAUCUCGGUCGGCAGCGGUGGCGCGGGCCUGGGGGCACACCCGGGCCACCAGCCUGGCAGCGCAGGCCAGUCUCCGGACCUGGCGCACCACGCAGCCAGUCCCGCAGCGCUGCAGGGCCAGGUCUCCAGCCUGUCCCACCUGAACUCCUCAGGCUCGGACUAUGGCACCAUGUCCUGCUCCACCUUGCUAUACGGUCGGACCUGGUGAGAGGACACUCCGCCCGCCUUAGCCCGGCGCGCUGCCUCACCGCUUCCCCUCUGCCCGCCACACAGACCACCAUACACCCGCUGCUCCACGCGCUUCUACUUUUCUUAAGAACCUGUCAGCGUUUAGACCGAGGAAAAAUACACAAAGGCCAAACUGCUGGACGUCUUUUCCCCCCUCUUCCUUUCUUUCUAAAUUUGUGGAUUUUUUUAAAAAAGAAAAAGAAAAUAAAAAUCAACCAAGCAAAUUCAAUUCUUUACGAAGUCUUUAAACAUAGAAGGACAUAGAAAGAACAGCUCUGGGGUGUCUUUUCCGUGAUUCAAAUUGAUUUCCCACGCUGGGGCGGGGCACAGUUUGGAGAGGGCUGUACACUGGUAUGGCUCUGGACUCUAAAGAUCUCAAACUUCACUGUGGGUACACUCUGACAGCAAAGUGGGCUCUCUUGUAAAUACCAGAUUUUUUUUCUUUUUCUUUUCUUUUUUCUUUCUUUCUUUCUUUCUUUUUUUUUAAGAAGGGAGGAAGGGUGCUGGGGAGAGGAAAGAUUCUUGGACAUAACCCACUUGUCACUGACACAAAGGAAGUGCCUCCUCCCAGAUGCCCUCUGGCCCUAUAGGUUCAGCCCCAGACCGUCCCUCUGGAAAAUUGUUUUAUGUUUGAUGUGAACUUGUAGCUGUAAAAUGCUGUCAAAAGUUGGACAAAUUCAUAGUUUUUAGUAAUCUGUACAUUUUGUUGUAAAAAGAAACCCACUCCCCAUCCCCAGUCCCUCAUUUUUUUAAGGGCAUUGACAAAUCUGUGUAUAUUAUUUGGCAGUUUGGUAUUUGCAGCGUCAGUCUUUUUCUGUUGUAACUUAUGUAGAUAUUUGGCUUAAAUAUAGUUCCUAAGAAGCUUCUAAUAAAUUAUACAAAUUAAAAAGGUUCUUUUUCUGAUUAAAAAACUUUCUUCUUGUUUGGUUUUGAUUUGACUUUAAAUAGCUUUUUUAGUGUUGGUGGCAGUGGGGGGCUCAUCUUUGGCCUGAUGGGAUCUGAAUUGUUUGGAUUUGAGCUCUAAGGAUUCUGAACUAGAUAAUGAGGCCAGGCCCAGAGUUCCUGUCCCGCAGGAAGAGGGAAUUGUAUUCUACCUUGCAAUUGAGUGGAAUCAAAUCUUGAGCAGCCCUGCUACUCAGUAAUAGAGGACAGAAAGCUACACUACUUCUACCCUAGAGGGAGAAGAAGAGAAGAAGAAAAAGAAACCAUAGGACUUGUUUUCAAAGCAAGGCUUUUGUUUUUAGAAACCUCAAAACUAUGUACUGUGGUCUUAUACAGUUGAGCCAAUGUUUUAAAACAGUGGUCCAGGAUACCCAUUUGAAAUAAUCCUGAAUGAGCUAUCAUUUCUGGUGAAGGAAUUAUUUCUGUAGACAUGAACAUCAAACAUAAUAUUUAUAAUCCUCAACCAAGCUCUUUUACAGUUAGAAUUUGGUGGGUGGCUGUUUUCGAAAGGGAAGCCAUUCAGGGUUUUAUUUUGGCUUUGAGGCAGUGAUCCCUGUUCAGGAAUCAGCAACGGCCCCCCACUCCACCUCUCUACUUCCUCCCCUCCUGGCUGCUCCUUGGUCAGUGUCUUUAACUAGAUGGCUGGAAUGAGGAUCCCUCUGGCAGGACUUUGAAAGCUGGGGUUUUAUUCUUUGUUCCUGAGAUUUCCAUCUCUGUUUUCUAAAUCUUUGCAAUGAUGCCUCUUUCUCCUGCACCCCCCCCCCAACAAAAUAAUUUUUGCUCCUUUUUUUUUUUCAAUCUCUAAUUUCCUGAUCCCAGCUUUCAGUUAUAUGUGUUGGGGGAAAUAUUGAGGUUUCUGUGGUGAGCCAGGGGUAUUGGUGGUGGAAGAAAUGUUUGUGAUCAGAGAGAAACAUUAUAGUCCCGUGGAUGGGCUGUUAUUCCUUUCCUGUCACCCCUGAUGAAACUACAGAGAAAAGACAGUCUAAAAGACUGCAGGAAGAUGCCCCUCCUAGCACUUUCCUCUAGGUCUGGAAGUACUUGUUGUUGAAGAUUGAUUCAUAUUUGGCAUGCAUUCACGCCUUGCCUAGAUUUUCAACUUUCUUUUCCCCUUCAUGCUUUUUUCCCUCCCUCUUUUCUUCCUCUUCUUUCCAUUUCAUUUAGUCUCCAAGUUUCCCUUCCAAUACCCACACCACAUCCCCAGCUUUAUCCCCAAGACUUUGUAAAUGAAGCAGAAAGCCAGAAAUGCCUGCCCGGCAUCUAGCAGUCCUUUUCACUGUCUUCCAGAGGAGGCCUCUCUGUGUGCCUUAGAACUAGGGGUUAGUGUGGGCUUUCUCCCUCACCAGGCCUGGCUACUGAGAUAAGUUUUCAAUAUCCAGGUGGGACAUGAAGAUUCUGAAAGGAUGGUUGGUUGGGUCUAAAGAGUGAGCCGGUUUGGGGAAAUUUCAGGAGGCAUUUCAUUUGGGAAAACAAUCAAAAAGUUUGAACAUUUGCUGUGUAAGGGGCAGCUUUCCUUCUGUGACAAGGCACCCAGCUUAGGGUGGCUGGGCAAGGGACUAGCCUGGACAGAGACAUGGCGCGCGCCACUGUGCUGCCCCCUGCCUGUUUUCUACCCGGGGGCCGGUUCCUGGGAGUCACCGUUUUAGUGUGCUGUGAUAUUCUUGGCCUUAUCACAGGAUGGAGUUUCUAUCAAACACAUUCUUCUCCCCGCCGGCUUAGUUUGAAGUCUGUUUACUUGUCCCGGGAAAAGGUGAAUUCAGCCGGGUCUGCGGAUGGGACCUAUACAAACAGGGCCUCCGCCGCCUCUCGCCAUCAAUCAGUCCGGGUCCACUGGCUCCCGGUCCUAGCUGAGGGAUUUGUUGCAGCUGCAGGAAGUAGCCCUGGAAAGCAGUCUUAAACGUCUCUUGACGAGUGUGCAGGGUUCCUCUCGUGGAGUCUCCUAUUUUAGGUUUCCAGCAACUCGGGUCCUGGUAGUUUCUGGCCUCCCUGAAAGAGAAAUCAGUAUUCUGGGAAUGCAUCUGGCGUUGAGGUGCUGGAAAAGUUGAAAACUUCCCUCACGUGAGGGGGCAGAUCAGUUUGUUCAGAUAUACCCGAGAAACUUUGCCCCUUCCAAAGUACCCCACCCAAACCUAGGCCCCAAAGGCUCCGGGAAUGGGGGAGAUUUUGCAGAUAGCAUCUCCCCCUUUCCUACUAUCCCCCACCCCACCCCCACUCGGCCAUGUAAACAGGAGGACUAUCUCGAGAGCCCUGGAGAGCCGCUCUAGUGGCUUCAGGGCCUGAAACCCCAGGCUUGGUUUGUUUGAUGUUUAGCAUCCCAAAGCGGCUACCCACCCCCGCCCCAGUCUGGGAACCCCGAGCUGUGGGCCUGUGGGCAGGAGAGGAAGGAAAGCAGCCUUCUCAGCUGGCGGUCCGUGGACUGGACUGGGCUCUGGGAGGCGUGAAGAACCAAACAGAGAUGCCCAGAGGCGGGGAGGAAGGGAUCCUGUGUUGCUGCUUCCACAACAGGGACACCUCAAGGAUGGGAGGCGGGUGAAGGCAUCGGGUGCCUCAGGAGAGCCGGCAGUGGCUCGGGAUAGGAGCUGGCGGGAUGGGAAGUAGCUUGGAGUCCGCAAGCCACAUCGGGGCCCCCUCGGCGAGACUCGCUCUGGGCACCUAGUCCUGGAGGCGGGGGAGGCCCGCAGCGCUCCAGUCGGAGGGCAUAGCCGGAGGCAGCUCUACUUCCCAGCUUAGGGCUUGGCCUUUCAUGGGGAGCGGCUUGCUUUCCAAAGGAUUUUAUAUCCUCCGAGGUUGUGCUAGGGAGCUCCAGCGACAAGGCUUGGAUCUAGCAUCGUAGUAGUCUUCGAUUUUGAGACCCCAGGACGAAUCCUCAGACUUUAGAGGCCGCACACCCGUAGCGCGCGCGCGCUCCGCGGCGUCUGGGCGUCGGUGAGGGGCUAUCUCAAGGCGAAAGUGCACAAAAGGUAGCGCGAAUCUCUUCCCAGGCGAUCGAGAUAAGAGGAAAUGAGAGCGAGGUUUUCUGACUUCCAACUCAUUAGGGACCAGGUUCUCUUUCUUCAAGAUCAGGCCACAGAGACUGACUGAAUGGCUCCAAUUAUCAGGAUGUGAAAAUCUAAAUCAGAAUCUACCACUUUGUUGCUGAACAUUGAAUCCAGUGCCUCACUAGGAAAGUGCUCUACCACUGAGCCACAAGCCCAGCCUCUUGACCGCUUGAUUUUUGUUGCUACAUGGUAGAUCCACUGUCUCAUGGAAACGAGAAAAAGUUCUACAAAGUUCUCGGAGAUGAAAUUUCAUAUAAAUAGGACACCCAUAAGACAUGGGAGCUAUUUUAGGAGUAGAUUAUAGCCUUCAAACUUCCUAUUGGCAAGGCUGUUCAAGAGUGACCUUCUUAGGGUUCCCAUGACGUCUUGGUAGUAAAGACAUGAUUUGUUCACAUCUUCAGUUUGCCUGCUUACAUCACGAAGGUAAGCAAUAUGAAAUUUUUCUUCUUUAAGUUAUAAGUAAAGGUCCUAUGCUGAGUUACAAAUAAGAGAAUUUAUCUGUCUUGUAACAAAAUUGCUUUUCUUUAAUGAGAAUGUGCUUCAUAAAUUUCCCAGAACAUUGAAUUAAAGUGAUUUGGGGAAAGAUAUCAAGAUAGAAUUAGAUCUUGAGAAUUCUCUGGGGACUUCCAUGAAUUGAAAUUUGGACAUUUUGCAAGAAGAUAAUAGAGCAUAAAAUAACAUGUGAGAAAAAAUGUUGAUGAUUUAUGAUUAUAAAUGACAGUAUGCUUAUAAACAACAGAAGAUUGUUGAAGAGUGAUAGUCUCACAAGUCACACAAGGACAUGAAAGGCCUCUGGUCGAUGAGGGGUACUUUACUUCCCUGUACAACUCUGCAUGGAAUCUCCUCACUGCUACUGCUACUGCCCUGCCUCUUCAGCUUGUUUUACUCACUUUGUCCAUGAAACUGUACCCAGGGGAUAAGCCCUACCUAGGAAGCUGGGGACAAUUGGCUGGAGGUAUGGAGGUAGGUAAGCACAAGGUGAGUGACAUCCAAGUUUCUUUCAUUGCUCCCUCCUCCACUUACCACUGCUUUCCAGAAGUGCCAUUUAGUCUCUCAGCUGGUCUCAAAUCAGUCCUGAGGAAAGGAUCUGAAAAUCCUGACUUAGGAAUGAAACAUUCACAUGUGAUAAAGUGACCUUAUAACUCAUCUAGCCUAAAUCUGGUGUCAGUUUAUUUUUAAAAGUACUAGUGAGUCGCUAUUUUAUUUUAUGAGAUUACCACACAAAUGUGAACCUAUUAAGUGAAUUAUUGCCAGCAAUCAAGGUCACUUGUUACAUAACAUUAGCAAGAGGGACUCAGGUGAGAAACAACUCUGAUUAUAGGUAUUUAGUCCAAAUGUACAUCAGUUUUAACUCCUUAAAUGUAUUUCUUUUAGCAGCUAAUUGAAAUACUUUAAAAGUCUUGACACAACAGUUAUACAAACAUACAUGUAACAACAUGGGAAAUUAAAUGAGACUUAUAAUAUACAUCUUAACAAAAUGAUGGCUUAAUUUGUACUCCUUUUGUAAUUUUAACUAAAUAUUGUGGUGAGUAGUUCUUACAUUAAAUCCUAAGUAUAUGGGCAUUUAUUACACACAAUAUGAAAAUACUUCAGGAGGCUUGUGAUUAACGCUGUGGUAUUCAGGCAUAGUUUAUAGAGAUUUUCAAUCAAAGACAAAAGGCCCAAGCAGAUGAUGAAACACAUGAAAAAGAUGUAUGUAUAUAGCCAAGGACUUAAUUCAGACUUGCUCAUAUUAGCUCAGUUCUAGUUCUUGGCCUAUCAGGCAUGUACUCAAACAAGUAUCCCCUGAGACUGGCUCAAGGCUGCCCUAUGGAUUAACCCCUAGGGGAGGGUGGCCAUGUAAAAUACAGAAGAUUAAGUUAAAUUUAAUUUCAGAUAAGUAAUGAAAAUUUUUUAGUACAAAUAGGUCCCAAAUAUUGUAUGUUAUGUACUGUACUAAAAAUUAAUUGCUUAUUAUAAAUUAAAAUAUCAUUGGAUAUCUUUUAUUUUUAUUUUUUCUAAAUCUGACAAACCUACCCAAGAGGUUCUAAAGAACACCCACGUAUCACCUCCUCUUGUCCUCUGUGACUGAAUUGGAGUAUGCAGACAUUUGCCCUAGUAUGUAUGUGCUUACUGUCUGAAACAAGAUGACUGACAGAUUUGAAAUUUCCAGAACAGAAUUUUAAUCUAGCUGAAUCUCUUCUUGGAUACUAUCUGCUAUGGUUUGGAUGUGGUGUGUUCCCGGGAGAGUUCAUGUGUUGUGCUUUCCCUGCCCCUUAGUGUGGUAGUAUAGGGGUGGUGGGGCCUACUGGCAGGUCACUGAAGGCACUGCUCUAAAUGGGAUCAAGGUAGUUCUCAUGAACCCUGAGUUAGUCCUAGGUAGAUCAAGUUGUUUAAAAGCAAGCCCAAUCCCUAAGCCCCUAAAUCACUCUCCAAACUUCUGUCUCAGGAUAUGAUGUCUUCUUCCCAAAAGUGCUCCCAGCAUUAUAGCACCAUUUACCAUGGGGCCCUCCCCACCACUAGGAGCUGAUGCCUGUACCAUGCUACUAUGAUUGAGACAUGAGGUGUCCCCAGAAGUUUAUGUGUGAGACAAUGCAAAAAUGUUCAGAAGUAAGAUGAUUAGAUUAUGAGAGCAGGAUUAAUCCACUGAUAUGGAUUAAGUAGGUGAUAACUAUAGGCAGGUAGAGUGUAGCUAGAGAAAGUAGGUCACUUGGGGUGUGUGCCUUUGGGGUUUAUAUUUUAUCCUUGGUGAGUGGAGCUCUCUCUCUGCUUCCUGGUUGCCAUGUUCUGAGCUGCUUCUCUUUGCCAUGCCCUUCUGCCAUGAUAUUCUGUCUUACCUCAGGCCUAAAGGUAUGAAGUUGCCAACCAUGGACUGAACCUCUGAAACUAUGAACCAAAAUACACUUUUCAUCCUCUAAGUUGUUUUUGUUAGGUCUUUUGGUCACAGUGAUGCAAAGCUGACUAAAACAUCUCCACGACAGUGAGCUAAAUAAACCUCUUAAUAAAUUGACCCAGCCUUGGGUAUUUUAUUAUAAUAACAAAAAAGGACUAUUACAUUGCCUUAUUUCUUAUUAUUUAGGCUUGUUCCUUCUAAUGGAACAUUUUGUUCAUACUUUCAAAUAAUUUUUUAAACAUAGUGAUUGAAGAGGGACAUUGGCAACCAUGUCACUAAUUGUAAUGCAAAGAAAAUUCUAAGGUCUAACUUCUUCUCUUUGCUCCUCUCCUUGAACUUGGAGCCAGUAUUUAUUUUUCAAAUGCAUGUCUGCCAGGUUUCUGUUCUCACGACUAAAAGGCUCAGUGGUCACUCCAGUUAAACUGGGCUGACUAGGCUGCACCAAAUAACCACACAAGAGACACAAAUACCUUUUUCUUUGGGGUCACUGUGAUGGCUCCUCUGACCUUAAGGGUCCGCAGAAAGAGAGAGAGCGAGAGCACAUGCUGACCCCUUUUAUGAGGAGAAGCUAUUCAAAUGAGUCAAAGGGUCAGGUUUCAGGGGGCUGAGUCUAUCUCAUGAUGUCCACUGUCAGCAGGUUGACUGACACCUGAGUAGGCCACACCCAAGGGCACAGUAAGAGAAGGGGACACACAUAAGGCACUUCCAUGGAAGAUUCUAUCCUAAACAGGGCAAGGGGUAAUGUUACAAAGGAACAGGUGAGCAUAGCUUCACCCAUGGGGCUGUAGCAAGACACACCCAUGCACGAGACCCUCGAACCUAAGAAGGGUGGGGAAAGCUCUGCCACAUUUCUGUGACUGAGCGCCUCAGCACCCAGCCGGGGAGUGUGACUCAGUCAAGUGCAAGGUUGGUCUCACACACAUGUCCUUAAGAUUUGAUAUCUUCUUUUCUUUUCUUUCUUGCUUGGGAUUGAACCCAGGACACUCUACCAUUAAGCCAUAUCCCCAAGUCCUUUUUAAUUUUUAUUUUUGAGAUAAUGUUUUGCUAAAGUUGCCUCAAACUUUUGAUCUCCCUGCCUCAUCCUUCUGAGUCAUGGAUUACAGGUGUAUGCCACAUACCUGGCAAAUGCCUAGGUUUUAAAGGGCAUAUAGAUGUGAAAUGAAAUAGGAGGGUUCCUUUUGGGCUAAGUUUGUACCCCUGGAUUAGUCUUUUGGAGCUUUGGUAAAUGUAGUUAAGUUUUAUUUUAAUCAAUUAAUUUAUUGUGCUGGGGAUUGAACCCAAGGGCCCUGUACCAUUGAACUACAUCUCCAGCUCUUUUCAUUUUUUAUUUUGAGAUGGGGACUUGCUAAGUUGCUUAGGACCUUGCUAAACUGCUGAGGCAGGCCUCAAACUUUUGGUCCUCCUCUCUCAGCUUCCUAAGCCACUGGGAUUAGGCAUGUGCCACCAUGCCCAGCUGGGUAGCUACUUUUAAAUAUUUAAUUUUAAAUUAAACCUUGGUUUUCUAAGUCAAGGAAAAUGCCACCACUACUAAAAUUUAGCAACUAAAGCAACGAAACAGCAAUGUGGUAGAGUAGAGAAAAAAAAAUAUAGAGUUGGCAGAUCUGAGAUUGAGUCCUGGCUCUGCACCUGAACUGACUGUGAGAUUCCAGGCAAAUCAUUUAGCCUUCAUGACUUUCAAUUCCCCUCCAACAAAAUAGGAAUUAUAAGGCAGUUAUGAAGAGAGACAGUAUAUAUAGAAAUCAUUUGUAAACUUCAAGACGAAUUUAGAUGUUUGAGGGAAUGAUGAUAAAGAUCAUGCUCAGGAUAUAAACAUUCUAGCAAGUCAGUUAUUACAGAGAAAUUUUAAUUUAUACCUAAAAUGUUUGUUACUUAGUUCACAAGAAGUAUAUAUAUGAUCAUUUUAUAUAUAUAUAUAUAUAUAUAUAUAUAUAUAUAUAUAUAUAUCAUAAUUAUAUUGAUUGAGAAAAGAAGCAAAACACAAUAAAAACAAACCUAAUUCCAUAUUUUAGAAAACAGCUUACUAAAAGAUUUUGUCUAAAAAUUGAAUGUUUGAAGUAGAAUAUUUUAUUUAUUUAGGUUGACAUUAAGAAAUGAAUAACAGAAAGGAACACUUUUGAAAAACAUUUCAUUUAAAGCCUUUUAUAGCGUGGCAUGGUGGCACAUGCCUGUAAUCCCAGAGGUUCGGGAGGCUGAAACGGGAGGAUUGCAAGCUCAAAGCCAGUUUCAGCAAUGGCAAGGUGCCAAGCCACUCAGUGAGAACCUGUCUCUAACAUACAAAAUAGGGCUGGGGAUGUGGCUCAGAGUUCAAGUAAGUGCCUGAGUUCAAUUCCUCAUACCUCCCCAAAAUUAAUAAAUACAGCCUUUUACUUUUAUUUUCGGGCAAAUAAUUAUUCAACAUCCAACCUGUUUAUUUUGUAAAAACAUUGGCAAAGUCUUCUUAACCCACUUAUUAUUAUUUUUAUGAACAUAACAGCUUGGAGUUUUAAAAAAAAUUUUGUUCUAAUUAGUUAUACAUGACAGUAGAAUGCAUUUUAACACAUCAUACAUAAAUAGAAUAUAACUUCUUUUUCUUCUGGUUGUAUAGCAUGUAGAAUCACACUGGUUGUGUAAUCAUAUAUGUAUAUAGGGUAAUAAUGUUCAAUUCAUUCUACUAUCCUUCCUACCUCUGUACCUUUUCUCCUCCUUUCACUCCCCUCUGCCUAAUGCAAAGUACCUCUGUUUUUCCCUAGCCCUCAUCCCCUUAUUGUGAAUUAGCAUCCACUUACCAGAGAAAACAUUCAGCCCUUGGUUUUGGGGGAUUGGUUUAUUUCAUACAGUAUGAUACUCUCCAGCUCCAUCCAUUUACCUUCAAAUGCCAUAAUUUCAUUCUUCUUUAAGGUUGAAUAAUAUUCUAUUGUGUAUAUAUACAAUAUUUUCUUUAUCUCUUCAUCUGUUGAAGGGCAGCUAGGUUGGUUCCAUAGUUUGGCUAUUGCGAAUUGAGCUGCUAUAAACAUUGAUGUGGCUGCAUCACUGUGGUAUGCUGAUAUUAAGUCCUUUGGGUAAAAACCAUGGAGUGGGAUAGCUGGGUCAAAUGGUGGCAGCUUGGAAUUUUUAAUGCAUGGUAAAAUCUUUGGUAAGAUCUUAAGAGUAGCUGGGUGUGGUGGCGGAUGCCUGUAAUCCCAGAGGCUCCAGAGGGUAAGGCAGGAGGAUGGCAAGUUCAAAGCUAGCCUCAGAAACUUAACGAGGCCUUAAGCAACUUAGAAAGACCCUGUCUCAAAAUAAAAAAUAGAAAGGGCUGGGUUCUCCUACCCUCCAAAUCCUUAGUGUAUAAUUUGCUCAGUAAUAAAACAGAGAGAGAGAGAGAGAGAGAGAGAGAGAGAGAGAGAGAGAGCAAGAGAAGAAUUUGGGCCAGAUGUCCCCUGGUUCCUUUUAGCAUUUGUGUCUUGUGCUAAAGGAACUCAGACCAGUUCUUGUGAAGGCUGUGGGAAAGCUGAGACAUAUGGCACUGGGUGCCAACUCUGAUUGAAGGGUAUUCUUUUUUUAUUUUACUUCAUUUUUUACUACACAACCAAUGUGUAUGGGUCAUAGAAAACUAGAAGAGGUGGUAAAAUUGAAACAGAGAGCUUAAUCAAGAUCCCGACUCCACCUCCAGAGAUUUGGAAUGCUGGAGAGAUGUCGGUUUGUGUCUUCAUGUGUGCUCUGUGCUCGAUGAAGGUGCAGUGUUCACCUCACUCUGUCAGACUCUCCCAAGGGGAUGCAGUGGUCUAUACAGAGGCAUUGCACAAAAAGUGCAUCUUAACCAAGGCCCUGAAGUGGUAUGGUUAAUAAAAUUCCACUAAAAUAGUUCUUGCAAUGACAAGACAAACAUGGAAAUUAAACCUCUACAUUUUAGGAUUACACUUCUUAUACCUUCUUUAUUUCCAUUCACUCAACUCCUCCCCAAUAUUCUGAAUAAAACACAAAACUUUUCCAGAAAAACUCAGAAUAUAACUUAGUGCUAAAAGUCUUUGUCACCAAACUCUGAGCUCCAUCCUUUAUAGGGAUUCAAAUUGCUUUUCUUUGACGUCUACUUCACACACAUGGGCUUGAGAGUAAGUGAGAUGGGGUUCCAGCUCUAGGCUAAAAGUGUCCACCUUUAAAACUUGGUAUCAUCUGUCCUGGGAAGGAGUUAGGGGAGGGGAAUUGAGUAGGAUAAGCCUGGCCCAGUUGUUGCAGCAGAAGAGUUAUUCCAAGUACCUCGGGUUUGGUUGUAUUUGCCCCAGAUUUCUGUGAGCUCAGUUCUGAAUCCUGGGUGAGAAUGCAUGGUGCAUAAAAACCAGAAGAUCCAUCUUUUCUUCAAAAUAAUUUUUUUAUUUGUUCUUUUAGUUAUACAUGACAGUAGAAUGUAUUUUGACAUAUACUUGGAGUAUAACUUCCCAUUCCUGUGGUUGUACAUGAUGUGAAGUUACACUAGUCGUGUAUUCAUAUAUGAACCCAAGCCUCUUUGAAGAGCUAGCCAUUAUUGAUUUGCCAACAUCUAAUGCAAAGUGUAAAUGCAAAGGCAUUCUUCUCCACUGUUUCACAAACCACUGAGAAAUGUUGGCCUGUGUGUGUUCCAGAAUUUUGGUGGCAGUGCCCAACAGAAGGGCAGAUGUCCUGGUGCUUGUGCAGGAGGCAGCAGCUCUCAGAGAGGCAUAAAUCUGGGGGUAUUCAGAGUGUGGUGGGACCUUGAAGUAUUCCGGUUUACAGUAGAUACGUUUGUAUCUGCAGGACACACAAUGGCAUUCAACAGAGCAAACAUAGAAAUCACAUCUUUUACAAUCAUAAGCAAGAAUUUUGAGAUCCAUCCCAAGAAGUGUGUGUGUGUGUGUGUGUGUGCGUGCACAUACACCUUUUUGGAGGGCAAAUAUCAGAGAGAGGGCUCUAUUUCAGACAUCUUGCUUCACUUCCUAAAACCAGUUCUAGUGAGAAAAUGAUGAUUCUUUCCAUUAUUUGAAAAAUUGACUCAUGGACUCAAAACCUUCCUCUGGUUUCCUUUGAAACUUUAAUUUGAUUUAGGCAUCUCUGCCUCUCACUCCAAAGUUUUUGACUAAUAAUAAUACUUAUCUUGUAGGGUUAGUAGGAAGAUUAAAUAACAUAAUAUGUGUUCAGAACUUAAUAUGUGUCCACAUAAUACGUGUCCAAGCACACAGUAAGCCUAUUUCAGUAUUAACUCUAAUUUGAUGGCUGCCUAAAUUCACCUUCCGGACAGGCCUCACUUACUACCUCAUGUGCUAUGAGAGAGAUUUAGGCUUAAAUUGUGAUUCAUCAUAUAUCAACUAUAUGUGCAUGGAUAAAGUACUUAACUUCUUGGGUAUUUUGAAUUAAUCCUGCAAAUAUGGCACUAUGUACCAGGCAUUAUGCCAGGUGUUGAAAAUUCAGAGGAACAGCUUAAGCAUGGCCCCUGCCUAUAAAGCACCCCAAAUCUGGGAUGUGGGGGACAGACAGCUAAAUAAGUGACUACAGUUCAGAACUGUAUGGACAUAAAAUGCUCACUUAUCUGACUUGAGGUGGACCAAUAGUUAGUAGAUUAAUCAAAAGAGUCAGUGGAGAGUCAUACAAAUAUUAUCUAUUUGUCUUAAAUAUUCUAUUUCAAUUUAAGCAGAUUAGGGUUUGCCAGGAGACAGAGGAAGGGAGAGUACAAGGUGUUCUUCUGGGGUUAUGAAAAAAACUUGCAACUAGAGAGUGGUGGUUGCACAAUAUCAUCAAUCAUUAAAAACCACUGAAUUUUAUACUUUUUAAAAAAUUUAUGAUUUUACAAGUAUAUUACACUUUUAUAUAAUUGUGGAGUUUAGUAAACGUCUAAUUGUAUAUUAUAUGAAUUUUAUCUCAAUAAGAAAAUAUAAAUGUGCAUUAUUUUGCCAGUCUUUUGAUUAGGACUAAGAACUUUAGGUUUUUGUUCAGUUAAUUUAAGUUAUCUUUCCAGUAUAAAUCAUAUCCAUAAUAUAGGUUUUUAAAAAAUAUUUAUUUUGUACUUGUAGUUGGAGCCAAUACCUUCAUUUUAUUUAUUUUUAUGUGUUGCUAGGGAUCAAACCCAGGGCCUCGCAUGUGCUAGGCAUGUGCUCUACUAAGGAGCCACAACCUCAGCUCCCAUAAUAUAGUUUUUUUGAUUGUUUUGACUUCCUUAAAUUGGAGGAGAAAUGUAUUACCUACAAAUCUAUUUCAAGAUAGAUAGAAUCUGCUUAGAUUUUUAUAAUAAUUUUUUCCAUUUAUGGCUUUACUUCUCUUAUUUCUUUUUUUUUUUCUUUUGUGUGGUACUGGGGAUUGAACUCAGGGCCUUGUACAUACAAGGCAAGCACUUUACCAACUGAGCUACAUCCCCAGCCCAUAGCUUUACUUCUUUAUAUAUAACAUGACAAUUUUUUGGCACUUCACAUUUAUAUCUUUGGACAUAACUGAAAUAGAGAACAUGGAGCAGAUCUGGUCGUGGGGGGAGGGGAAUGAAUUCAGCUUGGAAUACAUUGAAUUUGAGUUUUAAAGCAACUGUGGGUUGGCUGGGCAUGGUGACACAGGUUUAUAAUCCCAGCUACUUAGGAGGUUAGGGCACAAGAAUUGCAAGUUCAAAGUCAGUCUGUGCAACUUAAUGAGACCUUGUCUCAAAAUAAAAUAAAAAGAACUAGGGAUGCAGCUCAAAGGUAGAAUAUUUGUCUAGCAUGUGCAAGGCCCUGGGUUUGAACUCCAGUACCAUAAAAAAUAAAAUAAAAUAAAAUAGAAGGGCUGGGGAUAUUCAUUAAGUAGCUAGACAAAUAAAUCUAAAAUUGAAUUUCAGAGGUUAAAGUGGCCAAAAAUUCAUGUAAGGUAAAAAAAAUGGAAAACAUGCAAUCAAUUUUACCCAGAGGAGGUAAAAUUUCACAUUGGUGAAAGCAAUUUUAGAAAGAAGGUGACACAGGAGACAGAUGGUAGGAGUGGAGGGGUAUACGGGCAUGAAAUAACCAUUUGUGGGUAAUCAGAGCAUUAGGACUUUGAAGAUGAUAGAGUCGGGGGUGCAGCAGUUGGAAGGGGAGUAAGGGAUGAGUAAGAACAUGUAAAUGUUUCAGAGAUGCAUCAGUACGAAGGCAGAGGUUGCAAAUGCAAGCAGGAGAAGGAAUAAAUGGGGAUUAGAUAGAGAAACCCAUACGUGUUAGGGACCACUGUUGUGAGGGAUAAAUGAGUGAGACCACAUGGCAUGCAUGUGCCUUGUUAGUUCCUUCCCUUAUCUAUCUACUGCCUUGCUGAGAGCCAUCCUUUCCUCUAUUAUGUCUCAUUUUGUUCUUAUCUACAAUCUGCUGUGAGUACAUUGGCCUGGGCCUUCCUGACUGCACACCUGUAGUUUUAGAAGUCACCCAUGUAAUUCCAGAUGGACAUUUAAGUUUAGAAACUAAGACUGGCCUAAUGUCUUACCUAUACCUUCUUCCCACAUAUGUCCACAAUGCCUACAGUGAGUUUCAUUUCACAACUUCUUACUUGCAUCCUGAUUCUUAUUCAGCUGCUCAGCAGAGGCAAUAGGCUCCUUGUUAUACCUGAGUUGUCUCAUGUGCUCACUCAGACUUUCUUAGCUCUCAGUUUCCUUCACUAAGCCAAUAUGGCAUAUUCUUGUUCAUUGUAGAAAUAAGUUCUCUUCUCCCCAGAGACUUGUUCCAAUAAACAUCUUUAAUUAUUAAAAACAAUUGUUAAUGGCAUUAGAUACUCUGUUCAGGACUUUCACACAGCAUUCAAAAAACAAUUAAGUUUCCCUUUAUUUAGCUCCAUUUGACACAUCCUGUUUCCUCAUUGCUCACACAUAAGCCAUUUCUGUCAUCAUUUAGAACCCCUCCUCACCAUUACUGGGAGGCAGUAGUGGUUGUUUUUUAGUAUUUUGGUGUAUUUCUUUCCAGUGCUUUAGAAAAACAUAGUUGAAAACAUACUGUACUUUUUUCACUUGCUAUUUUAAUAUAAGCAUUUUCCUGUUAAAGUUAUUAACUAUGAUUUUUGAUAACUGCCAGAUAUUCCUUUUUCCUACAGGUGUUCCAAGUUUCACUUGGCCAUCUUCCCAUACUUAGACACAUUGGUUUGCAUGUGUUUACACAUACAUUUUUCUUUGCUUUGCUGAUUAUUCCCUUACACUAGGCUUCUGGAAGUGGGACUGUGAUGGCAAAUAUUUUAAAAAGCAUAAGAAAGCUAGUUUCAAUUUAAGAAUUGGAGAUGAUGUUGUUUUCUCACCAACAGAGUACUAAUUUUUCAGGUUCAAUUGAGCUUUCACACACACACACACAAAGAAUGGCUAGUGCUGAGGAUGUCGUUCAGUGGUACAGCCUUUGCCUAGCAUGGAUGAGUCCUCAAGUUCAAUUCCCAGUACUGUAUUAAAAAAAAAAAAAGAAAGAAAAAAAGAAUGGCUUUAUGAAUCUCUCUUUUUACAUUUUUAUAAGUAGUAUUAGCUUCUUCAUCUUAAAAAUAUUAACCCUGCAAUUGUUUAUAGUGUUACAUACUCUUUUAAGAGAACUACAUAGAUCUGGUCACUGCGUAGAAGUUCACAGUCCAAGGAAGAUGUGCUGAUGAUGCGGCAUGCAUGUUGAAGAUUCACUGAGUGCAAAUACGGGUUAUGACCCCAGGGAUGGACCUCCGAAGAAUCGAGGUAAAGAGUCGAGAUAAUUUAGAGGAUCAGCCUGAGGGAGGGGAAUAGAUCAGAGGGGACCCAGCUGGGACAUCCAACCUUCACCUGGGCCAAAUGUAAAGAAUGAAUGUGUGGUGUGCCCAUUCCCUCUGAAGGUCUCUGUUGUAAUCUAUUCCCUCCUCUUUUCCAGAGCAUAACAAGUGGCAAUUCUCAGAAAGGCACUGUAACUACCACAUGCUGGGCUCUCUAACUUCCUUCCUCAUUUUCCUCUUCACUCACAUUUGCCAUAUCUCUUUUUUUGUCCCCCAGCCCUGCUUCAGGCCCCAGACUAAUCCUGCCCCAAAUCAGUGAAGGUGGCUGGCACUGGUUUGAAGAGCUUACAGAAAUCUCUUGUGGCUAGUCAGCUUGGAGUUCUUUUUGGAAACCACAGGCCCUAACCAGGGCUGACAGACUUCAGACACCAGGUGCUGCCCAUUUGUCACUUAGCACCCCCAGCCACCAGAGGAUUAAAGUAAAUUUGGAAGAAUUCUAAAUAAUUUCCCUCCACCCCCACGUUAGCUUCAUGUUAAUAUGAACCUAUGAUGUUGAAAAGAAGUUUUUUUUUUAAUUAUCUGAGGACAGCAGUCAUCCAUACUCUCUUACCACUGACUACCUGUGAAUUAAUUAUCAUCAAAUAUUCAUCUGCCCAGGGGUUCCAUUUCCCACCACUCUGACAUUCUCUGGACUCCAAAGCUCAUGCCCGGUGGCCACAGACUCUAGGUGACCCUCAAUGAUCCCUGCUUCCUGAUGUUCACACUUUGAGUGUGGACAAGUCUAAUGACCUGCUUCUAACCAACAUUAUGAUGUUAAUUAUUCAUACUGCAUGAUUGAAGAUUUUGGAGUCAGAGAUUCACCUGCAAUAUUUGGAAUACCAGUGAAGGUCUACAUCAACACAGAAUUUAUACAGCAGCUGGUGCUAGUCAAAGCUAAUGAUGGAAUUUCAGUUUAAUAAAAAGACCCCCAACUGAGCACACCAUCUUGAAAAAAGUAUACUUAUCAAACAGCUUUCAAUCAGUUCAAGAGAGACACCUUAAUUGGGAAGAGGAAGAAUUGCAGAGCAGUUUGUCAUCGUGCCAAUUCCAGAUCAAUAACUGCAAGUCUGUUCUUUGAUAGACAUAGCUUUUGCUUUAUAUUAAGUAACCACGUCUACAUCCUCUCCAUUUGGAUAAGGAGAUCUUUGUUUCAUUUUAUAAUGUGUAAUGAUAUCCUCUUUUAAUUCACCUCUGUGGCUUCACAAUAAACAUGAUCAAAAUUUAAGCAUGUAAUUAUAAAGGUCAAUAUUAUUUUUCAUUCUUUAAAUUUUCUGCUUCUUGUAAUUGGAAAGCAGUACUUAUAAACAUUUUAUAUUUUAAAAGAAUUGUUGAAAUAAAACUAUAUGAAAAAAUUAAAUUAUGCUGUUUCACUAAAAUAAGAAACAAUGAUAAUGUAAUCUGUAUAAGAGUCUUUUGAGGAAGACUGUGCAGAAUAAUCUACUAUCAGGAAACAAAGAGUAAAGGGUUUACUUUUGGCAAGAAGAAUCUGGAAAUCUAAAGGAGAAUAUGAUGCAAGUCUUAGUUUCCUUAUUUUUCAGAAGAUAGUCCUUCAACCUACUUAUAGACUGCUGGUCUUAGUGAUGCAUUAGGGGGCACCAUGGUCAGACUGAACAGGUGGAGGGGGCAGUGGGGGCAGCAAGGGUAGUGAAUCAGGAGCCCAAUAUGAAUAUUAGGACCAAAGCCUGAGAGGGAGGUUUCUGUAGUUCCUUUUCUCAUUUCCAAUGAGGAAUAUAUUUUCUCCUUCUCCUCCCCCCUCCCUCCCUCCUUCCCUCCUUUCCUCCCUGUUAUCUAUUUAGAUAGAUAUAAAUAUUGACCUAUUCAUAUUCUAUGUAAGAUUUCUUUUUGAAAAAACAGGAUUCUAUUACUAAAAUAUGGUUUGAAAAUCACUGGACUAGAUAGUUCUAAAUCCUCUUCCUUCCAUGUUUUGUUUGUCGAGAGAUCCAGGUAAAUAUAGAAAGGGAGAUUGAAAUCUUUUUGAAAUAUACAGCAAAUAUUUAUCUUGUUGAACUGUAGUUCUGCUAAGGGGCAAAGCUAUGAGUUAAAUGGUAUCUUGCAUUCCCUUUAAAAUAUAUGAGAUGAUGAUUAGUAGCUCAAUUUUUUUUUCAGAGUAACUGUAUAGAACAAUUACCCUCAUUUAAGCAUUUAAUCUAUUAAAUAAUAUCUGGGAAAAUGGACAGAACUACAGCCUGAUUUCAAAAAUCAAAGCCUCCUCAUAUUUAUAAAAUCAUAUAUGGUUAGAGCUGGUGGAAUACUUGAGUUUGUUUCUUUCAUUUUAUAUAUUUACUCAUUCAUUAAAUCAAUAAACUUGUAUUGAAUGCGAGUUUGUACCAGUUGCCAUGCUAGGUCUUAGGUCUACAGUAUAUUGUUCCUAUCCAUAUAGAGAUUAUGCUUUAGUGGGAGAGACAAGCAAUCAGACAAAUAAUCAUACACAUACAAUUACAAAUUUUUAAGUGCUAUUAAGCAAAAGAAUAGGGCUUUCUGAGAUCAUAUGUUAGAGAUUAUGAGAAGAUGGGCUGUAGAAAACAAAAUGACUUGCCCCAAGUCAUUGAGUGUGUACUGCAGGACUGGCACUAGACUGAGUCAAAUGUUCUUGCUGUCUCAACAGUGAGGCCAUAGAGGUUUAGAUCAUUAGUAAAGACAAAGUGAUGGGAAUCUGAAAUCUGAAUUUGAAGUUAUUUUCUCUGACAAAACUGAAGAGUAGGGAUACGUGGAUCUGGCUGACACAGAGCCAUAUUCUUUAAAGAUUCAACAAUACACAGCCACAUUAGUAUCCUUUCACAAAAGGGAAGCUUUGCCUAUAUGGAUGCCAUCAUCUGGGAAGCACCCUCCAUCAGGUGGUAAAGUUUAAGUCCUCCCUAGUGUGUGACAGUAUAAGUGAUGGACCUCUCUCAAUCUUGCCUAAAUUAUAGUCAAGUAACAUUAGUUUGUAAUGUUUCCUUUGUUCCUAUACACACAGGUUUGCAUUUUUAUCAUAAUCAGAAAUUAUGUAUAUACACUAUAUAUAAAUCUUUGCAUUAACGAAUGAAUGGGAUUAUAGCAUACAUGUUGGGUUUUUUUUUUUUGUAUAGACUAUUUUUUCUUCUCACCUUUUGGUAAAACUCCUCCUUUCCCAUCUCUUUUCCUGUUCCUUCCAUCCCCAUCAUAACCCAUGCUAUCAAACUAGCAUCUAUUUUUGCAUAUUUUAUCCAUGUACAUAUAUAUCCUUAUCUAUGACUAUAUGUACAUGGAUAUAGAAUGGAUUUGUAUACCUAUAUAUGUAUAUACAUUGCUAUGCAUAGGGUUUUAGGAAAACAAGAUCAUAUUAUAUACCUUUUUCUACAUUUUUAAUUUUCAAUAGAAAAUAUCUCAGAAGAAUCCCCCCAAGUCAACAGUAUAGUUCUACUUCAUUUUCUACCUACUUAUAUGCUAUGCAUGUACUGAGAUCUACUUUGUUUUCAGUUUUCUGAUAUGUUGGGAUUAACCUUGGCUAUGCGUCCCUGUGUUCUAGGGCUUUUAUUUUUAUAAGUAGUUUUCCAAAAGUAUGAAUUCUAAGUCAAAGUUAUAUGAACAUUUAAUUUCAAUAAAUGUUGCCAGAUUGUUUUCCAAAAGUGAUUAUAACAAUUCUCAUUCUCAACAAGAGCACCAUUUCCCCCCUGCAGUCAUACCAAAAUGGAUGUUAUCACUCUUUUAUUUUUGCCAAACUGAGGAUCAUAAACCUCAUUGUUACUGUAUUACCCAUUUCCCUAAAUACUAGUGAAUUUAAAUGUCUUUUUGUAAAUUUGUAGACCAUCUGGUUAUGCUCCUCUAUGAAUUGUAUUUUCUUGUAUGUAUCUUAAGAUAGCUAAAUAUACACAUAUUUUCUUUUUUA